AUGAACUUCUACUUCAACUAUCUAACUCGCUGGCCAGAAUGCUGCGCUGUUGCCGAAGCCAUCGAUGGAAGCAUCGCAGGAUACAUUAUCGGGAAGGUUGAGGGCAAUGGUCAGGAGUGGCACGGCCACGUCUCCGCAAUUUCCGUUGCACCGGAGUUUCGCAGAACUGGUGUAGCAAAUCGCUUAAUGGAAUAUCUCGAGGAGGUCAGCGAGAAGGUGCAUGACUGCUAUUUUGUGGACCUCUUUGUGCGGCCAACAAACACAGAUGCACUCAAAUUCUAU